ACAAGAUACAUUAAGAGGGUUUACUUUGUUUCAUCUGAACUCGGGAGCUGCCUCUUAACCGCAACUUCCCAUGUUGUAGCCGAUGGAGACUCGGCGACAAAACACAAGCCCGGUCGCUAUCAGCUCCGACGAUUUGUCAACACAGAAUCGGUCGUCCUUUAUUCCUAGGGAGAGACCAAGCUCGCGACGCUCAAACCUUUCCCGCUGAGUGUCCGCAAGUUUUGUGUCUGUUCCUCUGAGCAAUCAGCGUGAAGUAGUCUGUGAUCAGCCGGGCAAAUCGAAUCCUGUCAACUUGCAUUCGUAUCUUGGAGUCGGCGGCUGAAAAUGUCCGAGUCGGGAAUGCCCUCGAGGGGUCUUGGGGAGCCGCAAAACGAGAAGCUCUCAGAUCGAGUUUCCUCUUCCAGUGGGUGCAUCGAAGCUUCCGAUACAGUGUCUGACUUGGAGAUCAAAACGUGGCAUGAAACUCCUGCUCAAGAGAUCGAGCAGCGAGAAUUCCAGCAAGAUGAACCUAAUCAUACGAGUCCGCCAUUCGACGUGUCGUCAGCGGUGAACAAGAAGCUAGCGGUGCACCAGGGAGAUUUCACAAAACUCAUGGUCGAUGCUCUCGUUAAUCCUACCAAUGAGCAUUUGAACGAUAAAAACCUCUUUUCUCGCACGUUGAUCGAACGCGCGGGUCCCCAGCUCAAGAAGGACCUGCACACGGAGAUUAAAUCUUGCCGUACCGGGGAGGCGAGAAUCACAGGUGGAUACGACCUCUUGUGCCGACACAUCAUCCACACAGUAGGACCGAGGUAUCAACAGAAGUAUUUAUCUGCUUCGGAAAGCGCACUCCACUCCUCUUACCGUAGCUGUUUGACGCUGAUGAAAGAGCACAAAAUCCGAACCCUAGCCAUCCCUCCGCUUCACUCAUCGAGACGCGGUUUCCCCCCGAUCGAGGGCGCUCAUCUAGCUCUGCGCACGAUACGUCGCUUUCUGGAAGAGUUCGCCCACGAUGAGUGCAUACAGCGAAUCAUCCUCCUCCUGGACAAGGUCGAUUUGGAAAUCUACCUAUUGUUACUACCGUUGUAUUUCCCCCGAACCAAAGCCGAACAGAUACGUGGCUCGCAUGGACUACCCAAAGACUUGGGCGGGAAGUAUGGUGAACCGGUGAUCCCGGAACGACAAAUCCGGAUCCAAGACAAACCAUUCUUUCGCUCGACAGAGAACGAGACCGAUUUCUCAGAAUUGGAUAUGUCGGUGUGCGUUGGAAAAUCGUCCUUCGCUCGUAUGCAGAACGACGUCGAUCAGGUCAGAAAGAGCGGCCGUCAGAGAGACUCAACCGAUACGCUGACGAGCGAGAUUUCGCGCAAGAAUCGAUAUGAUCGGCUCCUCCGCAAAGCCAAAGUGAUGGAUUUCCGGGAGAUCAGAGAAGCCAAUAUCAUCUACAAGUCCGGGCUGGACAAGCAGGGUCGCAGCGUCUUUGUUUUCGUCGGGAAGAAUUACUCCCCAAGUGAAACGUUAUUCGAAGUCCUCUGCUGCUACAUCAUUCGGAUGAUGGACAAAGAAGUAGCUUCUCCGUUCGUCAUUGUGUAUCUGCAUUCCAUGACUUCCAACAAGAAUCAUGUGACAUACAGCAUACUCCGAGAGCUUUACCAGACGCUGGAUUAUCGAUACAAGAAGAACCUACACUCACUAUAUAUCGUACAUCCCACCUUGUGGAGCAGGCUCAGUAUGUGGUGGUUUACGACAAUCACAACAUCGGGUCUCACCGGCAAGAUCCGACUGACGAGCGGAAUCGAAUAUUUGUACAUGAACAUAGCUCCGGAUCAGCUGAAUCUUCCACAGUUCGUCUUGGACUACGAUUACUCCAUUAACGGAGCGAGAUACUGUGACACCAGCGCGCCAAAUGAAAAUGCUGGAUUGUGAAUCUAGGCUGUACAUCCGAAAACAGCUUUGCCUGUACCACGGCAGAGCAUCUGUAGAGGCUGUUCAAAUCGAUACGGAUUCGAAUAGCAGACAUGGAGAAGUAUUUGACUUGACCGAGAGUAACGCACGGUCCUGCUAGAGGAGACUUUUUUUACUAAAUAAGAGGCCGGGGCAAGGUGUACCGGGCUGCUGUAACGGUCAGAUGGAAUCGUAUCGCUCGCGAAUGAACACGAAAAAUAAACAGAGUAUAUUCUAUCUCAUAC